AUGAUCUACCGAUUCCUAUCCCUUGACCACUUCAGAGACCAACUCGUGCCUCCUUCCCCUGUGGGUGCCAAGCCAGGCCCAACUCCUUUAACAGAGUCUCCAGAUCUGCAGGCGUUGCUCCAGGUGCCCCAUUGGCCAGCUCCACCUGAGAAUGCUACAGCCUUUGCUUCCUCCACCAGUGCUGAGAAGAGCCACUACCGGCUCUUGCAGUCCCAGAGCAACUACACAGUGGGUAACAUGCUCCUGGUGUCGCUGGAGGCCAGGGACAGACAUGGGCAGCCCAAGCACUACGGCGGAGACUUCUUGAGGGCCAAAUUGCAUUCCCCCGAGCUGAAGGCGAGCGUGGCAGGGACGGUGGAGGACCACAAGAAUGGCACCUACACACUGACUUUCCCGCUUCUAUGGGCAGGUGCGGUGCAGGUGUCUGUACGUCUCAUCCACUCCAGUGAGACUGUGGCCCUCCUUCGGCGCAUCCGUGACUCCCAUCCCUCCACAAUCACCUUCAGGGGAUACUUUGUGGACCCAAGCCAGGGAAGCAAAGAAGAAGUGACUGAAUGCAACGUGCAUCCAGUCUCAGGCCCAACCUGCCAGUACGUGGAUCCUGGCACUGGGGAGCACUGGUUUUGUGCCAAGCCCCAGCAUCACUCCUGUAAUGAACUUGUGUACCACUCUUCUGGGAUCUACAAAAAUGUGCUCACCUCAGCAGAGAAAGUCUUCUUUAGUGGAAGAAACUCACACUUCAGCAGUGAUGCAGCUCAAGUUGCCCUGAUCUUCAUUCCUCUCUGUUCACACAGAGCUGCGACAGACCAGAUUAUUCCAGGGAGUGUGCCCAUCAUCCAAGUGCUGCCUAGCCACCAGCUGGCUGUUGCCACCUCCCCACUGCUCCCAUGCCAUCCAGGCCUUGCCCUCACCAACCCUUCAGGUUUCUACUACAAGGAUGUGUGGGUUUCCUUGGGAUGUUCUAGCCGGACCUUCCCUACUCCUGACUUGGCACUCAGCUGCUUGCGAGGCAAGAUAGUCCAUAUGAUUGGAGACUCCACACUACGUCAGUGGUGGGAAUUCCUGCUGGCCUUCAUUCCAUCAGUCAAGCGCAUAGACCUUCAUGUGACCUAUCAUGCUGGCCCACUGCUGGCUGUGGAGCCAGUACAAGGCCUUGUGCUGAGGUGGCGUGCCCACGGCAUUCCGCUGCGCACUGCAAAGUCCAAGAUGGCUGACAUACACUACUUGGCCAAUGAACUGAAUGCAUUUGCUGGGGGCCCUGACAUGGUGGUAGUUUUCACACUGGGGGCCCAUUUCACCACCUUCCCCGUGGAUGUAUACGUGCGGCGGGUGCAUGGCAUUCGGCAGGCUGUGGCUCAGCUCCUGGCCCGCAGCCCCCAGACCACCGUUGUCAUCAAGUCAGCCAACACAGGAUACAAGUCUGUCUAUCUCAGUGACUGGCUCUCCCUGCAGCUGGACAACAUCCUUCGUGCCAUGUUUGCAGACAUGAGAGUGGCCAUUGUUGAUGCCUGGGCCAUGACCUCCUGCCACUACCUGCCUGAUAACAUCCAUCCUGGCAAGGUCGUUGUGCAGAAUGAGGUCCACACCUUCCUCUCCUAUGUCUGUCCAGGGAAGUGACUCAGAAUGGAGCAGACUCCUUCAAGGUGAUCAGCCAACCCAUCCAGGAAAAAUCAUCUGUCAAAGUGAGAGCGUAGCAAGCCCCACCCAAGCUUGGAGUAGCCUUAGGCCUGCAAAGAUCCAUGUGCAGCAGCUCAAAAGGAUGUGUGCUCACCCUCUGAGACCUUGGAUAAGAACAUGUCUUCACUUUUGACCCUUUACACGCCCUGCAAUCAAGACCCAUCUACACAUUAAGGUGCCUUACCCAGGUAUUUCCAGUUAACGUGGGCAAAUCUACAGUGCCACAAAUGCUUGCAAGAAUCGUGAACCGGGGCGUUGAUGUGUGCAGUAGUGCAC